AUGGUCCUCAAGUAUCACUAUGUUUACUGCAGGCCAUUUAUCAGUCAACGUACAGUAGCUGAAGGAGCUCCUAUUAUUCCAAUUUCUGCUCAGUUAAAAUACAAUAUUGAAGUUGUAUGUGAGUAUAUAGUAAAGAAAAUUCCAAUACCUGUAAGAGACUUUACUUCAGAACCCCGUCUUAUUGUUAUCAGAUCUUUUGAUGUUAACAAACCUGGCUGUGAAGUUGAUGACCUUAAAGGAGGUGUAGCUGGUGGUAGUAUUUUAAAAGGCGUAUUAAAGGUGGGCCAAGAGAUAGAAGUGAGACCUGGCAUUGUUUCUAAAGACAGUGCAGGGAAGCUUAUGUGUAAGCCAAUCUUUUCCAAGAUUGUAUCACUUUUUGCAGAACACAAUGAUCUUCAGUAUGCUGCUCCAGGUGGUCUUAUUGGAGUUGGGACAAAAAUUGACCCAACAUUAUGCAGAGCAGAUAGAAUGGUUGGGCAAGUCCUUGGUGCUGUUGGAGCAUUACCUGAGAUAUUCACAGAAUUAGAAAUUUCCUACUUCCUACUGAGACGGCUCCUAGGUGUACGUACAGAAGGAGAUAAAAAAGCAGCAAAGGUUCAAAAGCUAUCCAAGAAUGAAGUACUCAUGGUGAACAUAGGGUCGUUGUCUACAGGAGGCAGAGUUAGUGCAGUCAAGGCAGAUUUGGGUAAAAUUGUUCUCACCAAUCCUGUAUGCACAGAAGUAGGAGAAAAAAUUGCUCUUAGCCGACGAGUUGAGAAACACUGGCGUUUAAUUGGUUGGGGCCAGAUAAGAAGAGGAGUGACUAUCAAGCCAGCAAUAGAUGAUGAAUGAAAUGAUUCAUUUGGAUGAAACCAGGAAUUUCUUUCAUAACAAUCUUAGAGAUAUUUUCAAAUCUAAAAAGUAGGAAAUCUAAAGUAGGAAAUGAAUUACACAGCUUAUUAUAUUAGUAAAACCUGUCAUUUCAGUAGAAAAAAAUUGAUGUUUGUAAAAAAGAUGACAAACUUCUUGAUACAGUUCAACAAAUAGUAUUAUCAUUGUAGCUUGAUAGUUAACAACUGUUGCUGUGUACCAUUGAACUUACAGUAAAGAAAGUUUUUCUUAUGCUUGAAGAAUUGUUACUCUAAUAAAAACUUGAAGGCUGGAUUCAA